AUGACGUUCUACGUGGAGCAGCCCUUGAAGAUGUGUAGCAAAACAUGUGGCGAAGGCUCCAGAUAUCGCAAGGUGACCUGUGUGGAUCAAGAUAUGCAAAAGGCCGACGGCCUUCACUGCGAUUCAAGCAAGAGGCCACCUGAUAUUGAGGCCUGCAACCUGGCACCGUGCGAAUACAUUUGGAUUACAGGGGACUGGUCAGAGUGCUCCGUGACAUGUGGCAAAGGCUACAGGCAAAGGCUGGUUUCCUGCAGUGAAAUUUACACAGGGAAGGAUCAUUAUGAGUAUGGUUAUCAGAACACAGUCAACUGUCCAGGAACACAACCACCAAACGUGCAGUCAUGCUAUCUAGGCGAGUGCCCAGUUUUGGCAUCAUGGAGAGUUGGAAAUUGGGGAAGUUGUUCGGUGAGUUGUGGAAAUGGAGUAAUGCACCGGUCAGUUCAGUGCCUUACGAACAAUGACCAAGUGAGCCCCUUGUGUCUUGACGAACUGAAACCUGAAGAAAGGAGGACAUGCCACAAUAUUCAUGACUGUGAAUUACCAACAAGCUGCAAAGAAGUAAAAAGGCUCAAAGUCACCACUGAAGAUGGAGAAUAUUACCUUCAAGUUAAAGGAAAGCUCCUAAAGAUUUAUUGUACUGGCAUGGAAUCUGACAGACCAAAAGAAUAUGUGACUCUGGCAAAUGGCGAAGCGGAGAACUUCUCAGAAGUAUACAGCUACAGAUUACAUAACCCGACCGAAUGUCCAUAUAAUGGAAGCAGAAGAGAAGACUGCCAGUGCAGGAAAGAUUACACAGCAGCUGGGUUUUCCGCCUUCAGCAAAGUUAGGCUGGACCUGAACGCUAUGCAAAUAAUAACAACCGAUUUGCAGUUUGCGCAGACGCUUGAUGGACGACCUGUACCUUUCGCCACUGCUGGGGACUGCUACAGUGCAGCCAAGUGCCCACAGGGCCGCUUUAGCAUCAACCUUUCUGGAACCGGCCUGUCCGUGACACAAACGUCAAAAUGGCUCUCCCAAGGGAAUUACGCGGUUUCUGAAAUUAUAAAAUCACCAGAUGGUACCAAAGUAAUAGGGAAAUGUGGCGGCUACUGCGGAAAGUGUACUCCAUCAUCUGGAACUGGCCUCGACGUACAAGUGUUGUAGCAAUGGGUUUCUGAUUGCCGGGAGCUGAAGCAAGUCAGAUGAAGGACAAUGAAGCAAUACCUCUGCCUUCCUUUUUGUACUUCUUCCUCUGUGUGUGUGUGUGCGCACAUCCAAAUAUGUGUGUGUGUGUACCUGUGUGUGCAAGUGUGUGCGUAUGUAUGUGUGUGUGUGUGUGUGUGUAUAUAUAUUGUAUAUUCUUAAUGUUGUAAAGUAUAAUAUUUAUGUCUCGAAUUAUUUAUUUUUGAUUUAAUAUUUUUGUACGUAAAAUGUUUAUAUUAAGGCUGCUUAUUCUGUGUGUUUUUUUUAAUUUUUUUAAAAAAUCCUGCAGUCACACCACUGCAUUUUACGUACUCUACAUUAUAUGUAGCAUUAUGACAAAAGUGAUACUUUUACUGUCACUGUACUCAAUUGUUUACUUUCAAUCAGUAAUUUCUCUUCCUGUUACAGGCUGCACUGAUAUUUGCAAGGUGCUAAACGGUUUGCAUUGGGGUAUUUUUGGCAUUUUUUUCUUAUGAGCAAAAGAAUACAAUGGUGAUUGUGAUGAUUAUUUUUGAAACUCACAAGGCAAUCAGCGCUACACAGGGACUCAGUGAACACACAUUAUGAUACAAUGGUUUUAUCAACAAUUGUUUCUUAGGUGUGUUUUUUUAAUGGCAUGUGACCUCUUUUGGCCAGUGCUAACAGCUACUGGUUUGGUGCUAACAUGGUAAUAUUUAUUAGUAUCCUGUAGGCUUUAAAAGCUGAAUCCCGUACCAUACUAUAUAGCCAUGGAGAACGAGUAAGUACAUUAGGGAAAAUUGAGGGUGCGUUCAGAUAUUUAGUCUGAGGCAGCAUUUAAUAAAACAAAGUGUUCUAUGGAAUCCUAGUAUUCUCAAUCCUUCAUAAAGAGCUCCUUCCCCAAAGAAAAGAUACAUAACAUUUGCCUGAAACUAUUAACCUUGCAUUGUGCAUCCACAGGAGACUACUGGUGUAAUACUAGGGUGUACUUGCAGUUUGGAUGGGGCAACAGCCCCUAGUCCUGUGACCAGCACCCCAUUGUGAACCGUUUGUACUCCCUUCCUUUGUCCUGGGAUCCUGUGGCAGACACAGUGAUAUAGAAACAGAUCUCUCCUCAAGUGGAGGAGGCCAUCAAGACUGGGAAAUGUCCUAUCUUCCAGGCCUCAGAUGUGAUCACCUCGCAUUCUUCUGGAUGAGUUUCAUCCCCAGUUGACUUCCUGCAUCAUAACUGAGAGGCAGGCUCCGUUGAGGCUCCGGGAGUUUGAACAAGAACCAAGAAAGAAAUCUACAGAUGGGGAAAGAAGCUGCAGCACCAAAGAUGAUUUCAAACAAGUAGCCAAAGCUUGUAGGGAGAAUGUUAGGAAGGCUAAACCUCAGAGGAACUUGACCUUGUGACAGAUGUUAAAAAUAGUUAAAGGGGAUUAUAUUUUUGCUCUGUUUGGGGCAAUAGGAAGAAUAAGGGAGUGGUAGAUCAGCUGAGUAGAGAAGAUGGAGAAAUGUUAGUGAGUGAAAGAGAAGGCAGAGAUGUCCACCCCCAACUUGGCCUCACCUUCUCCCUCAAAGAAACCUGGAGAAAGUAGAUCAGUCUUUGAGUUUUUGAAGGACUGUGACAUAGAUGAUGGAGCAAAUUUGUAUUCUGUUCCUUCAGAUGGUAGGACCUGAACCAGUGGGUUCAAAUUGCAGCAAAAACAGUUCCUGUUUAUCCUGUCCCAGCAUAUUGAGGGACACUUUGGAAAGACCAUAGGCUACAGCUUCUCAGGCCUUCCCCCUAUCCCAUGCCCUUCUGCAGUAAAGAUGCACACCCCAAUCCACUCAUGCACAAGGGAGAGCAGAAGCUGGGUGGGGAAACGCUGCUGAGAUGGGGCCUGACUGCCCUAAAGGAUCUCUGUUGCAGCAGACCAAAGACUCUCCUGCAAGAGGAUAUAGCAAUGCCUGGCAGAAGCCUCCAAUAUUGCUCCCAUGGAGCAAAAGAGUAGAGAUGUUUGCCAGCUGGUCUGCUCCCCCUGAUGGAGUGUCACGCCCUGGCAGGCAAUGGAAUGUCCCUUUUCCUAGCAGAAGGAGAAGGCCUCCACCGCCAAAUUGAUGAGGUGGCUUAAGGUCACAGUCAACUGCUGUCUUAGUCAAACUCAUACCAGAAGCAGGGGCUCCAGAUCACUAUUUCCCUCAGUCACAGGGGUGAGUGCUACAUCUGCAGCAAGUCCAGGCUAAGGCCUAAGGCAUAGGGAGUGUUCCAGAAAAAACUGAAAUGGUUGCUGCAUGGGAUCAGUGUUAGGUUAAUCCCACAAAUCAUAGUUGAAGCCGAAUAAUUAACCCUGGGUUCAGUUCCCAAAAUGAAUCCUGUUUUCUUUUUAGUGAGUGUUUCAAGGUUUGGGAAACGAACGUACUUCUGAAAAAAUAUGAAUUAUCAAGAACCCCAGUACUCCUUGAAAGCAUAACACACAUUUCAAAUGUGUACAUAGAAAUUCAAUUUUUUUUAAAUGGUAUCAAAAUUUGAUGUUUUUUAUGCAGAGUGAACUGUGUUUCCUCUUCUGUGUCAGAAAUUCAGUUUUAGCCAAUUUCUUUUGGAAACCAAAUUAUCUUGACUUCAGUCAAACUCUAUUCGUGCCUCACUAGUAGCAUGCAAAAACAAAUGACCCAGCAUACUGAUUCAUAUCCCCACCCCUGUCAAAAGGAGAACCCAGCGCUAAUGAGUAUAGAUGGGGUCUUACAGGUGGAUAAUAUGGAUUCAUAUAUGCAUCUGUAUGCAUGCUAUGGCUGUUUCUGUGAAAGGUUUCUCCCAUGUCUUGGAUCUUCUAGCUGUAUCAUAGCAUGUAAUCUCUGUCAAAUUGGGUGUGGGAAACGCCCUCCCAUUCUCAAAAAAUUUUAAGUUUACAUGUAGAAAUAAAGAUGCCUUUCAUUUGCUAGAUUUAAAUCAUGCAGAAUAUAAUUCCCACUCUAGAUAAAGCCAUCUGUUCAGUUCAGUUGGUUGCGUAGGAAUGGGGGAAAUUAUUGGAUUUCUCUCCAGAAAUAGGACGGUGGUUGCCCCCGAAUCAAACUCUUAGCAAGGCUCAAGCAUGGUAUCCAGUUGGCAGAACAAGAUAGGCAUCAUAUGUUGAGAAGGUGCCUAGAGAAGGUUCCUUCCAAAAUGUGCUUUGUUAUCUGCAAAAUUAAUAUCUCUAUUCCCCCUUUCUUUUUUACUAAUUUUACACACCUUUUUUGGCUUCAUGGGGCCCCACGAUGGUCACUAGUUGUUGUGCACAAUUGCUUCCACACAGUUACAGUUGGAUCAAGGACAACUCGUGUGGAAGAUCCAUAGCUGUCAACGUUUCCCUUUUCUUGCAAGGGAUCCUAUUUGGAAUAAGGGAAUUUCCCUUUUAAAAAGGGAAAAGUUGACAGCUAUGGGAAGAUCUGGGGGACAGUUUCAUGUCUCCUCUGAAAUGGCUCUUGGGUAGCAACAGUAGCAUAAAACUGCCCUUAGUAGAAUUGCCGUCUGUCUAAGUAAAUAAUAUUGAGCACAAGGCAGUUUUGUAUGUUCACUCCCCUGAUCUAAACUUCUAACUAAAUGUUUUUGCUUUCUGCUGUUCAGAUGAAGGAGGCUGCACUUCAUUUAGCUCCACAGGUAGUAAAACUAUUCUCUGCAUAAUUCAUGUUAGCAUAAGUCUCGCAAGAACUGAAUAAAUCCAUAUCUCAGGCAAGCUAAGCUCUUCAGAUACAUGGUUGGUUUUUUAUUGUUUUAACAAAUGCAUGGUGGUAAUGUUUGUGUACUACUUUGAGAAAAUGCCAAAAAUACCAUUUCAAAGUACAUUCUAGGAAAACCAUGAGUAGUUUAAAGGAGUAGUGAUUUUUUUUAAGCCCACCACUUAUCCUUAAAGAUCUUCUUUCUAUAGGGAAAAGGGGAAAUUGCACUAUAAGCAUUAGGACAGAAACAAUGGUGCUUAAUUGAUAUUUAGAAAAUUGCAAUCUGCUUUUUAUUUUCAGUAAUGAAGUGACUGAGUAUUUAUACAAAGAAAUAUUAUUAAGGGGGGAAAUCUAUACAUUCCUUUAUACUAUGUAGUAUCAUAAUGGCUAUCAACAACAGUGCAAAGAGGAAGCCUUAAAAUUAUAAAAUGAAAGGAAACUGUUGAUAGAUACUAAUUUGUAGUGUGCCUGAUGGGGUUGGUUUGUUUUGCAAAAGGAGGACCACUGAAUGAUUAGACACUUCCUGUAAAGUAAAUAUAUAAUUAUUUCUCUCUUGUUGUACCAAUGCCAUUUUUUAAAAUGAAAAUAACUUUUGCAAGCA